CAUGUUCUAGCUGUAAAAUAUUUUGAGAAGUUCAUUAAGCUUUUGACUCUGCACCACGCACUCUCAUAAAUUGUUGGGAUAAAUCGCAAGAUGACGUCAACUAUCAUCCUCAAAGGCGGCACAGUCCUCUACCACGACGAUGCCGACAACGUGACUGCCUUAAAGGAUACCGACGUCCUCGUCACAGGAAAUCUGAUAACGGAGAUCGGCAAGAAUAUCAACGUGCCUCCUGGCACGACAGUGAUCGAUUGCCACGGCAAAAUCAUCUCCCCCGGAUUCAUCGACACGCAUCACCAUAUGUGGCAGACCCAGUUAAAAGGGCGUCAUAUGGAUGAGACGCUGCUGGAGUAUAUGGCAUCAGGGAAUCCGCAGAGUUUUAACUACACGCCGGAGGAUAUGUUCUGGGGCCAGCUAGGAGGAUGCCUCGAGGCCAUUGACGCGGGGACCACGUUCGUUCUCGACCAUUCGCACAGUAUAUAUACAGCAGAACACGCAACCCAAUGCCUGGCCGCAAGUUCCGCCUCUGGCCUUCGCUUGAUCUACGCCUACUCAGCCGUCAGCAUCCCCCUCACCUCCUGGACCAAAGACUCCAUCAUGCUUUCAUCCGACAUCCUUCCCGCAUGGUCUCUCGACCAACUCGAAGCCCUAGCGACCUCCCAGCCUUUCGGCAAUGGCCGCGUCACCAUCGGACUGGGCUUCGACUUCUUUUUCCUCCCUCGCGAGAUAAUAAUAGGGAUAUUCAACCGAUUCCGCAAGGCGGGGGUUAAAGUUAUUACAUGUCACGUUUCGAAGAACGCUGUUUGUGGCACCGGCUCAAUAGUCACGCUGCUCCACGAAUACGGCCUCCUAGGCCCAGACAUCGUCCUAUCCCACGCCACAGGUCUCACACCAGAUGAACACGCCCUCCUCUACUCCGCAGGUGCCAACGUCUCCAGCACACCCACCUCCGAAGCGCAAAUGGGGUUAGGCUGGCCCGUUGCCCUACACAGCGGGGUACAUGGCUCACUCGGUGUCGAUAGCCACGCCUUCUGCGAGUCGAGCAUCCUAUCUGAAGCGCGGACGUUGUUGCUCUUGGCGCGGCAGGAGGGGAACCUCAAGCUGUUAGAGAGGGGAGAGUUUCCACAGCGAUUGGUGGCAAGGGCGAGGGAUGCGUUUAAUCUUGCUACUGUGGGAGGGGCGAGAGCACUGGGGAUGGAGGGGAAGAUUGGGAGGGUGAGAGUAGGGUAUUUGGCGGAUUUGGUGGUGGUGGAUGGGAGGUCGCCUGCGAUGUCGGGGGUUGCGGAGUGGGAUCCUGUGGUGGCGGUGUUAGGGCAUAGUAGUGUGAGAGAUGUGGAGACGGUGAUUGUGGAUGGGGUGGUGAGGAAGAAAGAUGGGAAGCUGGUAGCUGUAGAGCUUGAGGGAGGGGAGAGAUUGGGAUGGGAGGCGGUUGCGGAGAAGUUGGCAACGAGUCGGGAGGAGGUGCAGGAGAGGAUUGCGACGGUGGAGGUGGGGUUGGCGAAAAAGUUGUUGAUGGGGAUGUGGCAUAUUGAUGAGAGUAAGAUUAAGGCUGUCGCGUGAAAGUAGAGGGCUUCUGAAAUUGAGUAGUUCUUGUAAGUUAAUACUUUUCAUCAUUUUAUAGGGAUUAUCCUGCUGAAACGCCCGUAGAGUCAG